AUGGAUAUUGUAUAUAACAUAGUAGGUAGCUUUCUUGGAGUCAUAUUAAGCUCAAGUUAUGAUGCUUGGAUUGUGAAAAGACUGAAAAAGAAUAGGCUCAGGCAAGUCAGAGAAGUAGUUAUUGAGGACUACGAUGACGACGAUACUGGAAUUGAGCUUGGUGGCGUAACUGGGGGAAGAGAUUUGGAGAAUGGCUUCGUUUCGAUUAACAGGGAAGACUUGCCAGAAAGUAAAUAG